AUCACGUGACAACGGCGCCUGCAGAGAAACGAGAGAGAGAGAGAGAGAGCGAGACUGGCCAUCUCCGCGCGGAUGAAACACCGGUCACCUUCAGAGCAGCAUCACGGGAAAGUAGCCCGUGUCAGUGUUCCCGCUGCGGCUGCCUCCACCUCUCCUCAACACGGAAUGGAGAAGAAACCACCGUCAACUCCAGGGGAACUCACCCAGAACCCUCUGAAGAAGAUAUGGAUGCCGUGUAAAAAUGGCCUUCCCGAAAAACACAUUUCCCAAAGAAAAGUAUGUAUGACCAAUUGUCCCACCCUGAUUGUGACUGUGGGCCUUCCUGCAAGAGGAAAGACUUACAUUUCCAAGAAGUUGACACGCUAUCUCAACUGGAUCGGAGUGCCCACCAGAGAGUUCAAUGUGGGGCAGUACAGAAGAGAGUUUGUGAAAAUCUACAAGUCCUUUGAGUUCUUCCGUCCAGACAACGAGGAGGGGUUAAAGAUUAGAAGGCAGUGUGCUUCAGCAGCGCUGAAUGAUGUGCGACUGUACCUCACAGAAGAAGGAGGUCAAGUUGCAGUGUUUGAUGCAACAAAUACCACCAGAGAAAGAAGGGACACCAUCAUCCAGUUUGCAGAACAAAAUGGCUUUAAGGUGUUCUUCGUAGAGUCUGUGUGUGAAGAUCCAGAUGUGAUACAGGAAAAUAUAGUGCAAGUGAAGCUCUGCAGCCCCGACUACACGAACUGUAACACAGAUGAAGCAGUGGAGGAUUUCAUGAAGAGGAUCAAGUGUUAUGAAAACUCGUAUGAGACGCUGGAUGAGGUUCAGGACAGGGAACUCUCCUACAUUAAAAUCAUAGAUGUGGGUCAGCGGUACUUGGUCAACAGAGUGUUGGACCACAUCCAGAGCCGGAUCGUCUACUACCUCAUGAACAUCCAUAUCACACCGCGCUCAAUUUACUUGUGUCGCCAUGGAGAAAGUGAGCUGAAUGUCAAGGGUCGAAUCGGAGGAGACUCGGGUCUCACACCAGGGGGCAAAGAGUUUGCAAAGAAGCUGAGCCAGUUCAUCGAGACGCAGAGCAUCAGUGAGCUGAAGGUGUGGACUAGUCAGAUGAAGAGAACCAUCCAGACGGCAGAGGCUCUCAAUGUGCCCUAUGAACAGUGGAAGGUCCUCAAUGAGAUUGAUGCUGGUGUCUGUGAGGAGAUGAUGUACGAGGAGAUCCAGGGACAUUAUCCUCUGGAGUUUGCCCUGAGGGACCAGGACAAAUACCGCUAUCGAUACCCGAAAGGAGAGUCCUACGAGGACCUGGUGCAGCGGUUGGAGCCGGUCAUCAUGGAGCUGGAGAGGCAAGAGAACGUGCUGGUCAUCUGCCACCAAGCUGUCAUGCGGUGUCUGUUGGCCUACUUCUUGGACAAGACAGCAGAGGAGUUGCCGUACCUGAAGUGCCCCCUACACACCGUGCUGAAGUUGACACCAGUGGCCUAUGGCUGUAAAGUUGAAUCCAUCAGCCUAAACGUGGAUGCAGUCAACACGCACAGAGAAAAACCACAGAACGUAGAAGUGACACGGAUGUCAGAGGAGGCUUUGCUUACUGUGCCAUCUCACCAAUGAGGCAGUCCCCCCCCCCCCCUCUUUUAAUCUUCAUUACGCACAAUGAGCCCUCAGAUGCACAAUCUACAUCUAAAUUCUUUCAAUGAAUCUCUCUCCGCUGUUCUUGUUCUCCUUUGUUUUUCUUCCACUUUUAUCUUAAGACAUGAUGAUGGUAGUACCUGACUGGAAUCCAGUUUUUAAUUUUCGAUCUUGUCACGGAUCUUGUCGUGCACAUUCUCCUAUUUUUGGAGUGAAUGAGAAGCAAACGAGGAUCUUUUUGAACUGAUGCACUCCCGACUGUGAAGCGGUGAAGCUCCAGCACCUUAUCCGUUGAAGCAAUAAUUAACUGUAGCUAAUAUUUUUAUUUUCUGUAAAAGUGAUUUUGCAUUGUUGACUUUUACCACUGCUUUGUGUUUUUGUUGGUAAAAGUCAAGAAACUGUAAUCUUGAUUUUACAUCGCUGCACAACAGAGCCAAGUUGUGCAUUUUCUUCUGUUUUGCACAUUAAAUCAACUGUGUUUAGUUUCUUAGGAUGUGUAAUACUUUAAUGGAAAUCCUGAAAGGUACAGAGAAACGUUGUUUUGUAAACAAUAAACGAAUCUUACAGCAUCUUCACAUCAUUGAUCAGAAUGGAGAGGAACAUAUUUGUCUACUGUUUCUAAAUAAACUCCACUCUACCAUCUCAUGGAUCCUUA